AUGGCCAAUGGGGUGCUUGGGGUAAUGGACAGUGUGUGGCAAGAGCUGAGCAACUGGUGUGACCUCGCGCCCUCUCUGGACACCACCGGCAUGGGCAGCCUGGCUUUCGGCAAGGACGCUGAGGAGGAGGAGAACUCAGCGUUCACCUGGGAGGUGAGGGCCAAUAGCCGGGCCUACAACAACCAGUUCAAGGAGAAUGUCUUCCUGUGCUGGCGGAAGAAGAAGUACAAGGGCAACGUCAUCCACACGGCCAAGUACAACUUCUUCUCCUUCCUGCCCUUCACCCUGUACGAGCAGUUCCACCGAACGUCCAACCUCUACUUCCUCUUCAUCAUCAUCCUCCAGGGCAUCCCCGAGAUCUCCACCCUGCCCUGGUUCACCCUCUUCGCCCCGUUCGUCUGCCUCCUCCUCAUCCGGGCCGCCCGAGACCUGGCAGAUGACAUUGGCCGACGCAGGAGCGACAGGACCAUCAACAACAGGCCCUGCCAGGUGCUGGUGGGGGGCAGCUUUCUGUGGAGACAAUGGAAGGACCUGUGCGUGGGGGACCUGGUCUUUCUGCACAGAGACAACGUUGUCCCGGCCGACGUGCUCUUGCUGGCCAGCACGGAGCCCAGCAGCUUGUGCUACGUGGAGACCGCAGACAUCGACGGGGAGACCAACUUGAAGUUCAGGCAGGCCCCGGCGGUCACGCACCAGGCGCUGACCAGCGAGAGGAAGAUGGCUUCCUUCCAAGGCACGGUGGUGUGUGAGGAACCCAACAGUCAGAUGUACCACUUCCUGGGCUGCCUGAAGUGGGAGGGCGAGGAAUAUCCCCUGGACAGCGGCCAUCUCCUCCUUCGCGGCUGCAGGAUCCGGAACACAGACGCCUGCUACGGACUGGUCGUCUAUGCCGGUUUAGACACGAAGAUCAUGAGGAACCGUGGCAAAAUCCAUCUGAAGAGAACCAAGAUAGACCGUCUGAUGAACAGGCUGGUGGUCCUGAUCUUCCUGUCUCUGGUGCUGAUCUCUGCGGCGUUGACCUUGGGCUCCUGGGACAAGGUGAAGGAGUUCAAGGCCAAGCACUACUACGUGUCUGAGAAGCUCACGUACAGUGUGACCACCGAGUCCUUCUUCACCUUCUGGGGCUUCCUCAUUCUACUCAGCGUCAUGGUGCCCAUGUCCAUGCUCAUCCUAACCGAAUUCAUCUACCUGGGGAACAGCAUCUUCAUCAACUGGGACACACAGAUGUACCACCCGCCUCGGGGCACGCCUGCCAGAGCCCGGAGCACCAGCCUCAGCGACCAGCUGGGCCAGGUGGAGUACGUGUUCUCGGACAAGACGGGCACGCUCACCCAGAACGUCCUGGCCUUCAGGAAGUGCUGCAUCAACGGAGUCAUCUACGGCCCGGACGAGGAGGAGACCCCACAUAAGGCGAACCCUCGCCUCCGGGCAGACGGGAAGCUACUCUUCCAAAACGCGAGGCUCCGGAGCGCGGUGUGUGGCAACAGGGACCCGAUGGUGCGGGAGUUCUGGCGCCUGCUGGCCCUCUGCCACACGGUGAUGGUGCAGGAGGAGGGCGACCGGCUGCGGUACCAGGCGGCGUCCCCGGACGAGGAGGCCCUGGUCUCGGCCGCCCGGAGUUUCGGCUUCGUGUUCGCGGCGCGCACGCGGGACAGCAUCACGGUGACCGAGCUCGGGGAGCAGCGGGUGUACCGGGUCCUGGCCAUGAUGGACUUCAGCAGCGUCCGGAAGCGCAUGUCGGUGCUGGUCCGGAACCCAGAGGGCGCCAUCCGCCUCUACACCAAAGGCGCGGACACGGUCAUCUUCCAGCGCCUGGAGAAGAAGGGCUUGAUGGAGGGGACCACGGAGGAGGCCCUGACGGCCUUCGCCCAGCAGACGCUGCGCACGCUGUGCCUGGCCUACAAACGGGUGGACGAGGACGCGUACCAGCGGUGGCGCAGGCGGCACCGGGAGGCCAGCGUCCUCCGUCAGGACAGUCAGGACCGGGCCGGAGCCCUGCACCGGCUGUACGAGGAGAUGGAGCAGGGCCUCCAGCUGCUGGGAGCCACCGCCAUUGAAGACAGGCUCCAGGACGGCGUCCUUGAAACCAUCCAGUGUCUCCAGCAAGGAAACAUCAAAGUGUGGGUGCUCACAGGAGAUAAGCAAGAGACUGCGGUGAAUAUCAGCUUUGCCUGCCGGCUCCUGUCCGAGGACAUGCUCAUUCUGGAGGAGAAGGAGGUCAUUCAGAUCCUGGAGACCUACUGGGAGAGCAACAACAACCUGCCCAGUGGCCAGGGGUCCCCGAGGAACUGGUUCCCGCCACAGGUCAAAGCGGCCAUGGUCAUUUCCGGAGAGUUCCUGGACCAGCUGCUGCCGUCCCUGAGCAAGGAGGCCCAGGAGCUCGUCCAGAAUGUGAGCGUGGCCGUGGGGGGGUCCCGGCGGGAGCCGGGGGAGCCCAGGGCCCACGGCCCGCAGGCCGGGCGCACCCCUCUGACGUGGCGGGCCCUGGGGGCCCGGCUGAGGUGCCCGGGGCUGGCGCCCAGGAACCAGAGCCCCGGGGCGCGGCGGGAGCGGGCCUUCGUGGAGCUGGCCUGCAGGUGCCAGGCCGUGGUCUGCUGCCGGGCGACGCCCGCGCAGAAGGCCCUGCUGGUGGCGCUGGUGAAGAAGCACCGGCACGCGGUGACCCUGGCCAUCGGGGACGGCGCCAACGACGUCAGCAUGAUCGAGAUGGCGGACAUCGGCGUGGGGCUGGCGGGCCCGGAGGGCGGGCAGGUGGCGCAGAGCAGCGACUACACGCUGGCCCAGUUCCGCUUCCUGCGGCGGCUGCUGCUGGUGCACGGGCGCUGGGCCUACGUGCGCGUGUGCAAGUUCCUGCGCUUCUUCGUCUACAAGACGCUGGCCAGCAUGACGGUCCAGGUCUGGUUCGCCUUCUACAGCGGCUUCACCGCCCAGCCCCUGUACGAAGGCUGGUUCCUGGUGCUUUUCAAUUUGCUGUACACCAGCCUCCCCGCUCUGUACAUCGGGCUCUUCGAGCAGGACGUGAGUGCAGAGCGGAGCCUGGCGCGGCCCCAGCUGUACGGGGCCGGCCAGAAGGACGAGCUCUUCAACUGCCGGGUCUUCCUCCAGGCCGUCGCCCACGGCACGGCCACUUCCCUGGCCAGCUUCUUCGUGACCCUGGGGGUCAGCCAGGACACGGCGGGGCCCCUCAGCGACUACCAGUCCUUGGCGGCGGUGGUGGCCCUGUCGGGCCUGCUGUCCGUCACCGUGGAGGUCAUCCUCAUCAUCAAGUGCUGGACGGUCCUGGCGGGGCUGGCCAUCUUCCUCAGCCUCUGCUUCUACGUGGUGACAACGUGGGCGAGCCAGAGCCUCUGGCUCUUCACCGUCUCCCCCAGGACCUUCCCCUUCCUGUACGCUGACCGCAACGUGCUGUCCCACCCCUCCGUCCUGCUGGUGGUCCCGCUGAACGUGGCACUGAGCACCCUGCCCAGGCUGGCCGUGCCCGCCAUUCGCCAGGCCCUCAGGAAGCCGCACUCCAAGGUGAGGGUGGCUGGGGUGCCCCCUGCACAUUCCUGGGACCCACCAGCCAGAGAGAAGCAGGGGAAGGCUGAGGAGAUCCCCGCGGAGCCUCUGCCCCACCUUUGCCGGCAGUCCCGCGCCCGGCGCUCCAGCUAUGCCUUCUCCCACCGCGAAGGCUACGCAGAGCUCAUCACGCGGGGCACGAGUCUGCGGAGGCCACCAGGGGUCCACAGCACCCCUCCGGCUGCUCACACCGCCCCCUCGAGGCCUCAGCCUCGCACCAGAAGGCGGUGUCUUUCUUGGGGAGGAAGAGGCACCAGCGCUGUGGGGAGGUGUCCCCCACGCACACGCAGCCCCCCGCCCCCCGCCCCCCUGAGCUCCUCCUUCCGUGGAGGAGCAGUGCUCGCACCCGAGCCUGGCGCCCUCCACUGA